AUGCGCCUGCUGCGCGUCCUGCUCCUCUGCGGCUGCCUCCUCGCCUCAGAGGCGGAGGAGACUGCAGUGGAGAGGAAGGCCGAAAAGCUGCUGCAGCGUGCCCUCGAGAUCACAAAGGGUCGGGGCGGCGAAGCUGCUGUCGGGUUCGGGUGCGGCUUCGCAGCGGGGUUUGCGUGCAAGCAGGUUCAGGCGAUGGCGACGAAGGCCGUUUUCGCCGCGGGCAUACUAACCGCCGGUGCAUACUACAAGGGCUACCUCAAAGACGAGCAGCUAGACCACUUCAAGUCCAAGGUGGAGGGCGCGGUGGAGGACGCGACGGCGAUGCUGCCACGCUUCCUAAAGCUGGCCGACAUCGACGGGGAUGACAAGAUCACCGCCGCCGACGGUAAGAUGGCGCUCUCCAAGGCGCGACACUGCACGUUUUCACGCCACACACGGCUUGCCGCGCCACACAGCAAAUGGCGUCAUGCACCGCACCAAUACCGCGUCGCGCCGUUUGCGCAGAAGCACGCGGGGUUCUCGGGCGGCCUCGCCGGCGGCUUGCUCGCCGGCUAUCAGAUCGGGUGAUGCGAGGAAGCAGGACGACCCGGGGUGGACGCCGCCAUCUCAUAAUAAAAGAGAAGACACUGUGGAGAGAAGACCCAGAGAACCACCAGAGAAAGAAUGCUCACAGCCGCAUGCGCGUGUGGGCGCUGGGAGAGGGCAAGACGGUAUAGCGCGCAGGAGAGCUUGUAAAGUCGGGAUGUGAGCGUGCGUAGCGCGUACCGCACGGUUUGCCGCUGUCCGGGCGGUCGUCUCCGGUCUCGCGUGCCCCGGGGCACGGGCGUGCGCGGCUUCGUGGGCUUGCGGUGCCGCUGCCUGGUUUAUGGUGGCCGAUUGUCUCAGGAGUUGUGGCUGCGGCAGCCGAGCGUACGUGUACUCAGACGGGACGGGCUCUC